ACAACAAAAGAAAAGAAAAAUGUCACUCAGUCAAUAAUGAUGCAUUUGUCUUCCUUUCUUCUAUGUAUUUAAAGGGGCUUCUGUAGAUGACUCCACAACGACGUUUCGUUGUGUCUCUUUUAUUGGAGGGAGAAAAAGGUUCAUCCUUCUGAUUAUCAAAUUUGAGGGUCGACUUGGAAGAAGUUUAGGCAUCUCAAAAGAGGCUGUUUUAAAAAUUCAAUCUCAAAACAGAAUUAAACAGCCAUAGAAUCAAAACUAUGAUGCUAAGAAGCUCUUCAACACCAGUUAUUGGAUCACUUCUACCAUCAUUUUCAUCAGAAAGCCCAAAUCACUAUGAAACAAAGCCAGCCACCAUUCACCAUAGCCACAGCAAACUCCACAAAACCGGGUCUCUCAACCUCACUACAGUCCCUUGCAAUUCCUCCCCUAUCUCGCCCUCCAUUGAUUGCGACCGGUUUUUGCACAAAGGCUUUAGAAGAGCUCAAUCUGAAGGAAACUUGGAAGGACUAGCUUAUGAUUCUUGCACCAACAAUGAAGAUCAAUUCUGUGACUCAAACCAACCAAAAAUGUUUACAAGGAAGCCCAAGUGCAUGAUGUUGCAAACUAUACCGUCUUUUUCGUUCCACAACUCUAGAGGUGUCAGUGAAGGUGAAGAAGAGGAUGGAAGUUAUUCAGAAGAUGAUGAAGAAAGAGAAGAAUAUGAUGAAAAUGAGGAGCUCUUGGAAGAGAGAGAAGUGAGAGUAGGAGACGAUGUAAUGGCUAUGGAAAGUGAUCAUCUUGGCUUGGAGGGUAUGAUGAAGAACAUGAAUUUUAUUGAGGAGGUGAGAGUUAAGAAAGAGAUUUGUAAUGUGGGUCUUGAACAGGAAAAUGGGCUGCUAACUCAAAAGAUGUACCUUGCAAAAGGGCUCGGGAUCGGUGGCAAUAGUGGCUGCAGUGGUGAUGGGGGCAGCGGCGGCGGAGAUUAUAACUCAUUUGGCUCUGGUGGGGAUGAAGGUGACAAACAAGGAGUUGAGGAGUAUUACAAGAGGAUGGUGGAGGAAAAUCCCGGCAAUCCUUUGUUCCUUAGGAAUUAUGCUGAAUUCUUAUAUCAGACCAAGGGAGACCUCAAUGGAGCAGAAGAAUAUUACUCUAGAGCCAUCCUAGCAGAUCCAAAAGACGGUGAUGUUUUGUCACAAUAUGCUAAGUUAGUAUGGGAACUGCACCAUGACCAAGACAGAGCUGCAAGCUACUUUGAACGAGCAGUCCAAGCUUCUCCUCAAGAUAGCCAUGUUCAUGCGGCAUAUGCUAGUUUCCUAUGGGAAACAGAGGAUGAUGGGGAAGAGACUGAUAUAGUAGAUCUUUGUGUCAUUCCAGAGAAUGUUCUUGAAGUAACCAUAGCUUCUGCAACUGCUUAGAAAUAGUGUUAUAUGGUCUUGGGUGAUUUGAUUCUGUAAAGCUUUCCAGGUCCACUUGACUGAUUAUAUACCCAAAAGAAGAAGAAAAGCAGGGUAAGGUUCGGGAAGAAAACCGCACAAAUGAAUAAAAGAAAUUGUGUACCACAAAAUUCAACACCUAAAA